UUUUAAUUGGAUGAUGGUGGUGGUGGUGGUGGCGAGCAGUUUCUAGCGAGAGAUCAGUUGGACUUUUGCGACGAAGCGAUACGCUUGUUUGUUUCGCCGUUCCGCUGCGCGUUGGCCAAUGUUUGCCUAACUCUCGAAUCGAAUCCCGAAUCCGAGUGUGGACGCGCCACGCCACAUUAAUCCGGCCAACCGAGUGCCCGGCCCAGUCUUUGCCAAUCACCGCAUGGGACCAGAGGAUAUCCGGACAAUCCACUGGCCACGUAAUCAAUCAUUUUAUGGACUAAUAGCCGACAGCCCACAGAAAACAUGCACAAGGCCAUUAAAAACAAAUCCAGGCUCCUCUGCGGACUCAAGAACUCCAAGGCGGAUCUGACGACAGCCAAGUUUAUACUAUAUUAUGGACCCACGGUGGCAGAUAGCGAUAUCUAUGACCUAACCGAUUUCCAGAGUCUUCUGGAGGACGAGCACUUGGAUUUGGGCAAGAACACCGUGCUCUAUUUGCACGGCUACUUGGAAGAUCCGGAUGUGGAGAGCAUUCACGUCAUAGCCGAGGCCUAUCUGGAGCGAAAGGAUACCAAUCUUAUCGUCCUGGACUGGGGUGAACUGGCCGAUGGCAACUACAUGUUCGAUGCCUUCCCGAACCUCAAACAGCUGGGCCCAGAGCUGGCCAAGGUCCUGCUCAAAAUGUUCGACCACGGCCUGGACAUUGAGAAGUUCCACAUUGUCGGGCACUCGAUGGGCGGCCAGCUGGCCGGACUCCUCGGUCGAGAGAUUACUAAACGCACCAAGGGCGUCAGAAAGAUAAAAAGAAUUUCCGCUUUGGAUCCCGCCUUUCCGCUCUUCUAUCCGGGCACGCACCUGUCUGCCAAUGAUGCGGAGUUCGUCGACGUGAUACACACGGACGCCUGGCUGUACGGAGCUCCGACGAGCACGGGCACGGCGGAUUUCUGGCCCAAUGGUGGAUACAGUCUGCAGCCUGGCUGUCCCAAGCGAAACUACAAGAUGCUCAGCGACAACGAUUUGUCCAGUCAUCGGCGGAGCUGGUGGUUCUGGGCCGAGAGCGUGUCGGAUCGGUAUCCCAUCGGAUUCGAUGCUGUGCCCGCCAAAAAAUGGUCCGACUUCAAGCAGAACAAAAUAGUGGAGAAUUGCCCGCCCGUGGUGAUGGGUCAUCAUUGUCCCACGACAAUUCAUGGCGACUUUUACUUACAAACCAACGGACAUACACCUUUUGCUCGAGGCAAGGAGGGCACUGUCUACGUUGACCCCAAGGAUCUGCUGGGAAAUACCCACAGUAUCACCUGUGACUGCCCGUCGGAGAAAACGAAUUAAUAGACCAUAUAAAAUUGCACUGUGUACAUUAUGAAAUGUAGCUAUAUUAAUGUUGUUGUUUCUAUGACGCCUUACACCACAUUUUGCUUUACGAGAAAAAUAUACUUAAAUUUUGUUGUUGAA